AUGCGGCUGAUGUUCCAGCUUGCCUCGUCCUUCAACUCUCCCAUCGGAGCCUGGGACACCUCCAGCGUGACAGACAUGACAGGGAUGUUCGCAAGCGCAACGUCCUUUAACCAGCCCCUCGACUCUUGGAAUACCUCCCAGGUGACGAAGAUGAACGGCAUGUUCACCAUAGCCCAUGCAUUCAAUCAGCCCCUCGACUCCUGGGACACGUCGAAGGUGACCAACAUGCGAGGCAUGUUUAGUGACGCCAAGGUCUUCAACCAGUUCAUCGGCUCCUGGGAUACGGGCAGUGUAACAGACAUGAACAGCAUGUUCGCCACGGCUCUCGCCUUCAACCAGUCCAUCGAGUCCUGGGACGUGUCAAAAGUUACCAACAUGAAGCUGAUGUUUGCUGCGUCGACUAUCAGCAGCUUCAACCAACCCUUGAAUUUGUGGGACACCUCAAGCGUGACGACCAUGGAGGGAAUGUUCAGCGGCUCAUCGUUCGACCAGCCCCCUGGU